UGGGUGGCUUGGAGAAAGCAGCGCCUGAAGCUCUGAUUUUAUUGUGCUGGAGAAAAGAGGUAUAAUUACAUGGUAGGAUUUUACAACCCCUUCCUAGGCCUUGGAUUUCCUGCAGUUAAAUACAUGCACUUGUGUGGUCAUGACCAAACACAUCCCUGUGGUCUACGCUCCUGUUACCAAAACCUAUAAUUUUCCGAGGAUAAACAUCCUGGUUUCAGGCUCACAAAGCCAGCCGGAGCUCCCAGAGUCCCCGUCCAGGCUCUCGAUGGAUGUCCUGCUGCUCCUCGUCCUCCUGGUGUGGGCGUGGCGCUCUCCUUCCCUGGCUGCUCCUUUCACCUACCAGCUGGCCCGGCUCAGCUCCCAGCAGAGCAGCUGCAAGCCCAUCCCCAGCAGCAUGACCCUCUGCCACGGGGUCGGGUACAACGAGAUGCGGCUGCCCAACCUGCUGGGCCAUGAGAGCAUGAAGGAAGUUCUGCAGCAAGCUGCCUCCUGGGUACCGCUGCUCACCAAGCAGUGCCACGGGGACACCAAGAAAUUCCUGUGCUCCCUCUUCGCCCCCGUGUGCAUCAGCGACCUGGAGGAUCCCAUCUACCCUUGCAGAUCCCUCUGCGAGGCCGUGAGAGACGGCUGCACCCCUGUCAUGGCUGCCUUUGGCUUCCCAUGGCCAGAGAUGUUCAACUGCAGCAGGUUCCCUCGGGGGAACGAACUGUGCAUCCCGCCGGCCGGCCCAGACGACAGACUCCAGCUCACGAAGGAAGACGCAGUGUGCGCAGCCUGUAUCAGCCGAGGGCACAGCGAAAAGGAGUUCCUGGAAAACUUCUGCAGCCAAGAUUUUGCCUUGAAAAUGAGCAUCAAAGCGCUGUCCAGCGUGGACGGAGACUUAAAAGUGACCCCAGAGCUCAAGAGCCGGACCCUCUACAAGCAGGGAGACUGGUUGGAAGAAGAGCUGAAGAAGCCGGUCCUGUGGCUGACACACGGCGAGACCUGCACCUGCGAAGAACUCCGCGGCCAGGGCACUGUGGUCCUGGCCAUGGGCCACAAGGUGGCUGGCCGCUUGGUCAUCUCCUGGGUGAGGAGGUGGCAGCGAGGGGAGAGGGAGCUGAAGAAAUUCACCCGGGCCGUGCGGAAGAUCCAGUGCUAAAGGGGAGGGGCACGCUUUGCGCUGAGAACGUAGCCCUCCUGCGCGUGCUGUGACUUCUUCCCACUCCCACUCCAGCCGGAAAACGUGUUAGAUUUAGCCAGGCUCUUACCGGGAAAACAGGCCCCCCCACACCCCCAGUCACUGACAGACCCAUACGGCGUUCAGAGGGGAUCCAGAAACUCAACCAGGAAGCAGCUGAGUCAAGCAUCCUCCGGAGGGUGCGUGCAGACUAAGGAGACCAGAGGCACAGACAAGCCAGCCCCCCUACCUCCGGCCGAUGUGGUUAGCUGUAGGGCCGGGGUGGCCAACCUGAGCCUGAGAAGGAGCCAGAAUUUACCAAUGUACAUUGCCAAAGAGCCACAGUAAUACGUCAGCAGCCCCCCCCCCCCGUCAGCUUCCCCACCCACUCCCAACACCUGCUGAUCAGCACCUCCCCUCCCUCCCUGCACCUCCCGAUCAGCUGUUUCGUGGCAUGCAGGAGGCUCUGAGAGGGAGGGGGAGGAGCGAGGGCAUGGCAGGCUCAGGGGAGGGGGCUGGAAGGGGUGGAGUGGGGGCAGGGCCUGAGGCAGAGCCAGGGGGUGAGCAGUGAGCACCCCCCCGGCCCAUUGGAAAGUUGGUGCCUGUAGCUCCAGCCCUAGAGUCGGUGCCUAGACAAGGAGCCGCAUAUAAACUUCUGGAACCCCAGGUUGGCCACCCCUGGUAUAGGAAGAACAUGCUGGUGGCCAGGAGAGAGGUGAAAUCCCAAUAAACUACCACCUCACUUCAUCCCUGGGUCAGAGAAGGGAGAGCUCGUGGGGGGAAAUAGGAGAACAGCGGGCAGAGCGGGAGGUGCCAGCAGCAGUCACGUGGGGGAAUGGGUGCCUCAAACGAGCUCCCAAGAGACUCUGCAAAUGCUCCACCUCCAUCUCCCGCCCGGACUCUCGCCCCUCCUGCAAAUCUGCGGCCAGGUUUUUGUACCUCCAAGCAUUCCAACGCGUGUAGAUAACGUCUGUGUCUCUGUGCCAACUGACCAAUUACACGUCCGGUUAGUUACCGGCACGCACAGCUACUGUGGUUGGGCGUGCAACACUAAUAAGUGCCUGUGCAAAUACCUGCAUGCAUUGAUGGCAAAUCUAUUGCCAGUUUGGGCUCAGCUUCGGAAUUUGCUUUAAUAAAAAUAUUCUGCUCGUUAA